AUGCCUCGUUUUCUUAUUCGUGCCAAACAAUUGGCCAUCGGGUCGGUAGUGAUUGCAACCGGUGGAUUUGCCUUUAAUAGCUGGGUGAAUAAAGUGACACAUGCCGACAACAAAGCGGAAGUUCAUCCGUUCAUUACACAACUUGCAAAACCGCCCACUAGAGAAGAAAGCUUCCGUCGAUUGGGUGCAACAGUUGAAAGUCUAGGGUUUGAAAAGAAGAACGUGGACGCCGGUGAGGCAAGAGCAAAAGAUGCAAAAGUGAAGUAUGAUGUCGUGGUUGUGGGUGGCGGUGCAGUUGGCUGUGGCACAGCUUUGGAUGCAACUUUGAGAGGAUUAAAGGUGCUUCUGGUGGAAAAAAACGACUACGCCUCGGGUACCUCCUCAAAAUCAACCAAGAUGGCACAUGGCGGUGUGCGUUAUCUUGAAAAAGCCGUUUUCCAGCUUUCCAAGGCACAGUUGGACUUGGUGAUUGAAGCAUUGCACGAGCGAGCAUCCGUGAUCCAGAACGCUCCUCACCUUGCCACGUGUCUCCCCAUAUGCAUCCCCGUGUACAAAUGGUACCAGUUACCGUAUUUCUACGCCGGGUGUGUGCUGUACGACAUGUUUGCCGGAUCGGAGGGCCUCAGACACUCCUAUGUGAUGACUAGGCAAACAACGCUUGAUGAGCACCCCCAGCUUGACCCAAGCGGGUUAGUGGGCGGCCUCGUUUACCACGAUGGCCUUUUCAACGAUGCCCGGAUGAAUAUUGCACUUGCACUAACAGCCGAGCAGAAUGGUGCCACAGUGUUGAACUACACAGCCGUGGAGCAGCUUCUCAAAGAUGACAAUGGCAAGACGAGAGGUGUGCGGGUGCAGGAUCGUGAGACGGGAAACCAAUACUUGGUUGGUGCGGAGGCCGUGAUUGGUGCAGCCGGUCCGUAUUCGGACGCUCUAAUAUCGAUGGACAAGUCUGAGACGGGAAUGCCAGACCCGGAAGCGUUGGGAAACCCGAAGAUGGUGGUUCCCUCCGGCGGUGUUCACGUUAUCCUUCCCGAAUGGUACUGUUCCGAGGACCAGGGUCUCUUGGAUGCAUCCACUGCUGACGGCAGAGUGAUGUUCUUUCUUCCCUGGCAGGGGAAAGUGCUUGCAGGAACGACGGAUGUUCCCCUGGAGAAGGUUCCAGAAAACCCGGUGGCCACGGAAAAGGACAUAUCGGACAUUCUGGGCGAGCUCCAGCACUAUGUGCGGUUCCCGGUCCGCAGAGAAGACAUUUUGAGUGCCUGGUGUGGUGUUAGGCCUUUGGUUAGGGAUCCAAGCACCGUUCCCGAGGGACAAGUCACGUCCACUCAAGGUCUCGUGAGAAACCAUUUGGUCUACGAGGCUCCAAACGGUCUUAUCACUAUCAGUGGAGGAAAGUGGACCACGUACCGAAGAAUGGCCGAGGAUGUCGUGGACUACACUAUCCAACACACCCCCUCGUUUAGCGACAAGUUUGGAACCGUAAAAUGCAGUACGAGGCACCAUAAGCUCAUUGGUGCCGAAGGAUACGAUACCUCUCUGUUUUGCCGGCUGGCACAGAAGUAUAAUCUUACAGAACCCGUUGCAGAGCAUUUGGCUGCAAAUUACGGCGAUCGGGCACCCUUGAUCUGCGAGUUAUUCAGCCAGUAUCCAAGACUCCGGGACCCCGUUGGUCUUUCCAAGGCAGAGGGUCACAGCUACACUUAUGAGGACUUCAAGUAUCCAUUCACGUUAGGGGAGUUGUACUACUGCCUUGACUACGAGCACGUGUGCCAUCCAGCCGAUUUUCUUGCCAGGAGAUGCAGGCUUGCGUUUCUAGAUGCUCAAAGAGCUCUGAGUGCAGUUGAUGAAGUGGUCGAUGUGAUGGCUCGCAAAUAUGGCUGGAGUUCCGAAAAGAAGCACCAGAUGAAGUUGGAGACCGUCAACUACAUAAAGCAAAUGGGCAUUGUUCCAAACAACACCCCGUACGGAACACUAUGA